GGGUAACUAUAUAAACCCCAAGUCAUUUCCUUUCAACAUUUUCCAAUAAUCCUUCGCAGCUUUUUUUUUAGGUUUUUUCCUCCACUAACUCAGAAAACAGUUGCAGAGGUUAAAGCGACGGCGCCAAUUCGCUGUCCGCCUUGUACGAGCUCGAGCUUCGUCUAGGCCCUCGGUUUUCUUACCCCUUUUCUAGAUUUCAUUUUCUUAAUUCGAACUUUUUGUUGAGUUAACAAUGGCGGUGAAAGCAACAAAGGCGGAGAAGAAGGUCGUGUACGACUCCAAGCUUUGCCAGCUUCUGAAUGAGUACCCUCAGAUCCUUAUCGUUGCAGCUGAUAACGUCGGAUCCACUCAGCUUCAGAACAUCCGGAAAGGUCUACGCGGCGAUUCCGUCGUUCUCAUGGGGAAGAACACAAUGAUGAAGAGAUCCGUGAGGCUUCACGCCGAUAAAACCGGCAACAAUGCUUUCCUCAACCUCCUUCCUCUCCUCCAGGGGAAUGUUGGGCUCAUCUUCACCAAGGGUGAUCUGAAGGAAGUCAGCGAGGAGGUUGCCAAAUACAAGGUUGGAGCUCCGGCUCGUGUGGGCUUAGUGGCUCCAAUAGAUGUGGUUGUGCAACCAGGGAACACGGGUCUCGACCCGUCGCAGACCUCUUUCUUCCAGGAUCCAAGCAAGUUUGCGGCUGCGGUGGCGACUUCACCGGUUGCAGGAGAAACUGGCGGAGCUCCUGCGGCGGUGGCUGUGGAGGAAGAAGCUGCGGAAGAGUCUGAUGGGGACAUGGGAUUCGAUCUGUUCGGCUAAAAACUACGCCGUCUUAGCUUUUGCCAUUCUAUCUUUAUGAUUUAUCAAUUUAAAGUCGAACCUUUUCACUUUCACAAUUUCUCUGUUGCACGUUAAGGAUAUCUAUCAAAAUUCGCUUUUCUCUCCAUUUUGAUAUAUAUCUACGCCCAAUUGUAUUAAUUUGUUUGUGUCGACCCCAAUUAUGUUAGUUCCCGAGCCCAAUUAUAUUAGUUAACAUUUUCAUUGUUGCACGUAAAUACUGAGAAAUGUCAAGAGACCGGA